AUAAUAUGACACAAUUUAUCAUAUGGUAUACACACACUGUAUUAGCCUAUAGAUACCAUAUAGGGAUCAUCUUAUCAAUGAGAAUACAACAGAUUAAAGAUUACCUUAUUUAUUGGAACAAGUCAUAGUUUCAGUGACUAUGAUAUAACAGAUAUCUUUUAUAUAUAUCACUUCUGUUUUGAUAGUAAUUUGACUUAAAACCAUAUUAUCGUAAUGGGAGUAGCUCAUGUUUUUGGCUCCUAAAAUAGUUUUCCUGGUUAUGCAUCUGAAUACACUUAUUUUAUCUUUAUCUUAUUUCCAUGAUAUCAAAAUUACAGAAAAAAUACAAUUAUCAUUAAGUAUAAAAAAGUAUUUCAGUUUUUGUGGGAUGUAAAAAUGUAAUGCACACCAGUUAAGUCAAGAAAAGAAUAGAAACCAGAUGCCUAAACCUAUAUGCCAUCAGGGCUAAUACAAGUGAUGGAUACUUUGACCUUUUAACAAUACAUUAAUAACAUCAUGCGAUAAUGUCAAUCAACCAAUCAUGCAACAAGGUAUGCACAUUUGAUACUACCAUUCAAAAUGUCAAACAUAUUGUGUAAGGCAAUGAUAAAAGUAAUGCACAACCUAAUAAAGUAAGUUUCUGUGUGGUGAUAUGAUGUUAAUUUUAGCACUUAACUUUGAUUAUGUUGUAUUCUUACAUCUUUAAUCUUGAGAAUGCUGACAGAUAGAAAAGAUGAAAGUCAUGGUAAAAACUUCAUAAAAAAAAAGACAUAACUUUCUAGUUUGUUGUUAACAUUGUGUUUGUAUUUAGUGUCUGUUUUUAUCUCCUGUGUAAAGCCGAAACGUACCAUUUCUGAACUAAAAGUUGUAUAAAAAACAACACUGAAUUGAUUGUUACAGGCCAGACAAUGUUAAGCUUAUUUAUAUAAUGAAGUUAGAGAUGUUGUGCCGUGAACAAAGUUUUAUAUUGUGGCGUUAAGUAUAAAAAAGUACUUUAGUUUUUGUAGGAUGUAAAAAUUUAAUGCCCACCGGUUAAGCUAAGAAAAGAAUAGAAACCAGAUGCCUUAACCUAUAGGCCAUCAUGCAACAACGAAUCGCCCAAAGCCAUUAUUAACGCUAAUGUAAAUUGUGGAAAAAACAAAAAGGAAUUUUACAAACACAUGAGCGAGUUUGUAUAAGUGUAUCAUAUUUGUGGCUGUAAACAAAUAUGUUGUAUGUAUAUACACAUUUGAUACCAUUCAAGGUACCGUAAGUCAAACAUAUUGUAUAAGGCAACUAAAAGUAGUUCACAACCUAAUAAAGUAACUACCACAUAACAUUGAUUAUGUUGUAUUCUAUUAUCUUGAAUCAUGAGAUCGCUGACAGAUAAAACCACAGGGGGCAGAAACAAAUUAUUUUCUUAUAUGUAUAUUUAGAAAUACAUGUAGACAUAAAGGCUAAAAUAAACAAAAAUAAUUUGUAUCUGCCCUCUGUGGAUAGAACAGAUUGUAACAGUCAUGGUAAAAACUACAUAAAAAAGAUAAAAUAAAUUACUUUCUACUGAUUGUGGUUUGAUGUUAACAUAGUGUUUGUAUUUAGUGUCUGCUUUUAUCUCCUGUGUAAGUAAAGCUGGGACAUUUCAUUUAUGAACUAAAAGUUGUAUAAAAAAACAACACUGAAUUGAUUGUUACAGGCCAGACAAGGUUAAGCUUAUUUAUAUAAUUAAGUUUGUAACGUUUCAAGCUGGCUGUGAAGGAGUUUUAAAUUGUGUGAGGAAUAAGUUUGGAAUAUUGACAACAUAUAUAUAUAUGUUUAUAUUAUAUGAAGAUGUAUGGCUCCAAUUUAUCAAAACAUCAUACAAACUGAGCUGGCUUCCAAACUAAUAGUAUAACAAUGGAAAAAUGUUCGGUACAACGCUUCCUUCUGGUGACAAGUGAUGACUUUGGCUACAGUGAAGAAAGAGAUGAUGGAAUUAUUGAGUGCUACAAGUCAGGGGCAAUAACUGGGGCAGUUGCCAUGGUGAAUGGAAUCUCUGUUGCCACAGGAGUUAUCAAGGCCAAACAGGCUGGAAUGCCUCUAGACCUUCACAUGAACUUAACUGAGGGGUUACCAGUGGGACCCAGGGAGGGGCAAUAUCAAACGCUGGUCAACGAGAAAGGAAUGUUUCUGGGUAUACAGGGCUUCAGAGACGCUGUGAGUAGGGGAGAUGUAGACAUGGCAGAGGUUCGAGAGGAGAUGAUUGUACAGGUACAGCGUUUUGCUGAGCUUACUGGACACACUCCGGUAAAGGUGGACGGUCACCAGCAUUUCCAUACACAUCCAGGCAUAGUGAAUGUAUACGCAGAGGUGCUGCGUCAACAUGAUAUCAAGAUGUCGAGGGUACCAUUAGAAGAAGGUGCCCCACUUAACGCUUACAAGGAGUUCUUGGUCAAUGUCAUUGAAGAGUCAAAGAGGUGCAAAAACGAUUUUCAAGCAAAUGGAAUCAGGUCCCCAUUAUUUGCUGGGUUGGCAACAAUGGGUAUGGACAUGACCAUCAAACGUCUUCAAGACUCAAUACUUCGAGCAUUCAAAUCAGGAGCCACAAACCUAAAUAACGACCAGAAACCAACCAACCCAGCCUUAAAACUAAGGUUGAAAUCGCCCAGAUCACCUGCCCCAGAGGAACCAAGUGUCCUAUUUUGUGAGUUAAUGACACACCCUGGAAAAAUGACCGGAAGUAAAGGGGGUUGUGGGGAAGGGCCAGAUUUGUUUUCACAGUGGCCUGACAGGGAACACGAGAUGAGUAUUCUAAUGAGUGAAGAAAUGAAAUGCUUUUAUAAGCGUGAAAAUAUCAAACUCAUUUCUUUCCACGACCUUGAAGUUUUUACUGAGUAGCGAAAUAUUAUACCGGUACUUGACUAACUGCAAUAAAGACUAAGCUGUGCAAAAGCUUGUUGGUGCUAGUUGUUGUUUUCGAAUUACCAUUAUGUUGAUUAACUAUAAUAUAUUUUCAUCGCUUCAAGAAGGCCAAUGACAGCCAAGUUUUUCCUUCAUUGUGUUUUGGACUUUCUGUUAAUGCCUUAUAGACAAUUUUCUGAUAUUGAAUUUAUUUUACAAGUAUAUAAAUAAACUAUAACCAGAAUGAAAUAUCAAUGUUUUAUUAUAUAAUUUCAUGUUUUAUUAUAAAUUGGCAACAGAAAUAUUGGAUUUUCAACAAUUACUUCAUUCUGAACAAAUUUCAUGAGCGACAAAGAACACAAAGGUAUACACAUUGAUUAAUCUACACGUACAUGUAUAUAUAUUCCAUUGGUAAUGAACAUAAAAUACAAACAAAAAAAAUGACGUUCUUUUUUAUCCACAUCAGAAAAAAUGUUUUUCUAUAAUUUAUGACAUUAACUUUUUAUGACCACACAAAAGUUAAAAAUGUCAUGCAUAGUAUUUUCAAUGUCGGUUAUGACGAAAUAUAUAUUGUAAAAUGUG